ACAGUAAAUGGGCUUACUGGAUCUGGAAUCUUAGGCCUAUAUAUUUAGGCCCAUUAAGCCCAUAAAGUGAGAGAACUCAAAAGUGGAUAGGAUUUUUCCCGGAGACGACAAUCUGUGAACUCGCCUUGAGCUUUCACUUACCUUCUUCCUUCACAUUGAAUCAAUGGCGUCUUCUUCUCUAUCAACUCUUUGUAGCUCAACUUCAUCUUCUGUGCAUCCCAACUCUAAGCUCUCACAUUCUCUUUCAGCUAAAUUAUCCUCCAAAGCAAAUGUUUCCGUCCAAUUUCUGGGAAAGAAACAGUCUCCACUUCUCUCCUCAACUCCGAGAUUUCUCACUGUUAUCGCCAUGGCUCCACCUAAACCUGGAGGCAAAGCUAAAAAAGUUGUGGGAGUUAUCAAACUGGCUUUAGAGGCGGGAAAAGCAACUCCGGCGCCACCGGUUGGUCCGGCGCUUGGUUCUAAGGGAGUUAACAUUAUGGCUUUUUGCAAGGAUUAUAAUGCAAGAACCGCUGAUAAAGCUGGUUAUAUCAUUCCUGUUGAAAUCACUGUCUUCGAUGAUAAGAGCUUCACUUUUAUCCUCAAGACCCCGCCUGCUUCGGUUUUGUUGCUUAAGGCUGCAGGUGUUGAUAAGGGAUCAAAAGAUCCACAGCAAGCUAAAGUUGGGGUGAUAACAAUAGACCAGCUGCGCACAAUUGCAGCAGAGAAGCUGCCCGACCUGAACUGCACGACCAUUGAAUCCGCUAUGAGAAUCAUUGCAGGAACUGCAGCUAACAUGGGGAUAGACAUUGACCCUCCGAUUCUUGAACCCAAAAAGAAAGCAGUUUUAUUGUAAUCCUGGUUGUUAGUUUCUAUUCGAUAAUGCCUUAUUCGUUUCAAAGUGUAAUUUCCAAAAUGACGCUUAAGAGAGUUCGAUGUAAUGAUUAUUUUGCGUAAAUCAGUCUUGAUGCAACAUUUAUGUGUAUUUUCUUUUAUCAACACUUGAAACGCAUGAAUGGGUACAGUCUGAAGAAUUGGUAAGGCAUGUAACCAUUGUGAUUGUAUAGGAAACAGAACAAAGAGAAGGGAUUAUUUAAUGGCAAUGACCUUGAAGUAAAGACAUCAUUGUUUA